AUGCUUUUUCACUUUCUCGUUGCAGCCAAAACCAGUCGCACCAAUUUUGGUCCGCUGCGAAUUGCAACAGAUCAACUACUGGUAGUCUCGUUUUCUUCUACAAUGGUCGAUACCAAUGGAUCGCAAACCAGUUAUAGGGACCCCUCCGGCUCGUGGAAGUUCCAGGACAAGGUCAAAGAGGUCCAGAGAUUCGAUGACUUUGUCACCAUUGAUUGGGUCGAAGACGAGUUGGAUGAGCAUUUACAGCGACUAGCAAAGAAGAAGACUUCCCAUAGCCAAACAUCGCUUUUUCAACGAAUAAUGGCGUUCUCCCAGACGUGGUUUGUUUUGGCACUCAUGGGAUUAAUGAUAGGAUGUAUAGCCGGAUGUCUUAACAUUAUAACGGCAUGGUUAGGAAGUUUACGUUCAGGCCAUUGUGGCCAUAAUUUCUACUUGAGCAAGGCAUUUUGCUGUUGGGGACUGGAGGAGGAAACCUGCGAUGCCUGGCAAGAAUACACUCCUUUUGGGCUACUCAAUUAUUUGUUAUACAUCUUCAUUUCUAUCGGCUUGGCAAUGGGCUCAGCUCAGCUUGUCAAGUUGUAUUCUCCGUCUGCGGCAGGGUCAGGUAUCUCAGAAAUCAAGUGCAUUGUGUCUGGAUUUGUGGUAAAGGGCUUCCUUGGGUGGUGGACAUUACUUAUCAAAAGUUUAGGAUUGCCUCUUGCAAUUGCAUCGGGAUUAAGUUUGGGUAAAGAAGGACCAAGUGUGCAUUAUGCUGUCUGUGUUGGUAACUCGGUUGCUCGUCUGAUUCAAAAGUACCGCCGUAGUGCUUCCAAGGGUCGAGACUUUCUUACUGCUACGGCUGCUGCUGGGGUUGCUGUGGCUUUUGGCUCUCCAAUGGGCGGAGUGCUUUUUUCCAUCGAGGAAAUAUCGUCGGUGUUUCAACUUUCCACCAUCUGGAAGUCGUACUUUUGCUCGUUGGUUGCUGUCACCACCUUGGCUGCUUUGAACCCCUUCAGAACUGGUCAAUUGGUUCUCUUUGAGGUGACUUACGAUAAUAAUUGGCACGCCUACGAUAUUCCAUUCUACAUUCUUCUUGGUAUCUUUGGAGGUGUCUAUGGAAUAGUAGUCUCCAAGUUGAACAUAAGAGUGGUGUCUUUUCGUAAGAAAUACCUAAAGAAUCAUGCUCUUCGUGAAGUGCUAAUUUUGGCUACUUUGAGUGCCAGCUUUUGUUAUUUCAAUGAGUUCCUCCGGCUCGAUAUGACUGAAGCAAUGCAGUCUCUCUUUCACGACUGCUCAAACUCGCAGCAUUUUCUUUGCGAGCCAGACUCGAACAAGACAGUUGUAUUUUCCUCGUUGAUCUUUGCAACUAUUGCCAGAAUGUUCCUUACAAUUAUCACUUAUGGAUGCAAGGUGCCUGCGGGAAUCUUUGUCCCCUCUAUGGCGGCGGGUGCAACGUUUGGCAGAGCUAUUGGAACAUUAGUGGAAGCUUUUUACAAUAGCCAUAAGAGCUCUCCUAUCUUCGCUACAUGUCUUGACAAAGAAACUUGUGUCAUACCAGGAACUUAUGCUUUCUUAGGAGCGGGCGCAGCAUUGAGUGGAAUUACCCAUCUUACUGUUACCGUUGUCAUCAUUAUGUUCGAGUUGACAGGGGCCGUAAGAUACAUCAUUCCAACCAUGAUUGUUGUGGCUAUUACAAAAAUUAUUAACGAUAAGUGGGGACAUGGAGGCAUAGCUGAUCAAAUGAUUAGAUUCAAUGGGUUGCCAUUCAUAGACACAAAAGAGGAGUUUGAUAUUUCUGCAACAGCAGCUGAUGCAAUGUCACAAACGGUAGUUACAAUACCCACCACCGCUCCUGAAUCAAUAACAGUUGGCAACCUCAAAACUAUAUUACGGGAAACAUCAUAUCGGGGCUAUCCUUUGAUUAACUCAUCUUUAGGUCCCACGAUAGUGGGCUACGUGACCCGUACAGACCUCGAGCAAAUUCUCGAGACAUCUGAUCAUCUAGAUGAAUCCUCCCGGUGCAACUUUUUAGACGGAAGUGAUGGGUUAAAUUUGAGUAGAAUUGUCUAUUCUUCCCCAAUCACAGUCUCGCAAGAAACGAACCUCGAAUACCUUGUCAACAUAUUCACAAAGUUGGGACCAAGAAAUAUUUUGGUUCAAAAUGACAAUUAUUUGGUAGGAAUUAUCAGCCGCAAAGAUAUCUUACGAUUUGAGUUCACUCAUCACCACGUAAAUGGGGGACUCGACUAUGACGAGCAAGCGCAGGACGCCUUUGAUGCUAAAGUGUGGAAUAAGAUGAAUGAAAUAAUUGAUAAAGUGCAGCGAAAACUAGGAGUCGCUCUACACAACGAUGAGACAAGAUACACUAGAAUAUAG